AUGGCCAAACGUGCUUCCAGCAACACCAAUUGGUGUUUUCGAUUCUUGGCAUUUGGUUCUCUUCUCGUCACCUUGUCUGUCGUGUACAUGGCAACCUACAUGGUCUUCUCACCACUUUCAUGUCAUUGGUCAACAUCCAAGUCUGCCACUUCUCGAAGAAUUGCUUUAAUUGCUGAUCCGCAAAUGGAGGGAGAUACCAAAGUGUAUCAUCAAGGUCAAUACGGACUUUUAAAUAAUUAUUUCAACGAUUAUUAUUUCACAUUAAUUUUCCAGAAUGUUCAUUAUUUUCUUCAACCUGAUACCAUUUACAUGCUUGGUGAUUUAUUUUCUUCACAACAUGUUUCGAAUGAGGAAUUUGAUGUUCGAGUGGAAAGAUAUAAUAGAAAUUUCUCUGGACUGUUUAAAUGGAUCAACCGAUUGUUGCAAUUGAGGAGUGGAGAUUUGAAGGAAGAAGAAUACUUGCAAAAGAAUGUUCGAUCAGAAACUUCAUUACGUAAUUUACCUUUUCCUUAUUUGGUUAAUUUAACAGGAAAUCAUGAUAUUGGUUAUGGUAUUGAGGCAUCAUUCUUUAGAGUUCAGAGAUUUAUUGGCGCUUUUGGUGUUCAAAAUAGGAAAGAUAUCAUUCUAGAGAAGGGUAACAAGAAAGUCAUUGCCGUCACUUUGAAUUCCAUGGUAUUGGAUGGAGCUGAAGAUAAGGCAGAGUUCAGAGCAACAUGGGACAUGGUUGAGGAGGUGCGUAAAAUGAAGCAAUCAAUGAAAGAUGAUUUGGAAGUGGUAUUGUUUAUUCAUGUUCCACUUCACAAACCAAAAGGAGCAUGUGUGGAUAGACCUUAUAUUCGAUGGUCAGAAGGAGAAGAGAAAUUGCCUAUUGAACAAAACAUGUUAUCUCCAAGAGUUUCACAAAUACUUUUGGAUCAACUCAAACCAAAGUAUAUUUUCAAUGGUCAUGAUCACUUUGGAUGCAAGUAUCAACACAAGGAAGGAGCAAUGGAAAUUACUGUGAAAUCUGUUCAAGGUGAUUUUGCAGGAAAUGUUGGUUUGUUUGAAAUUGAAAGCAAGAAUGGACAGCUCGAAUACAAGUAUAAGGAUUGUGAAUAUUAUCCAACGAAGGUGGUAGUGGGUUUCUUGGGAGGGGUUGCAGCAUGGAUUGCUUUCGUCAUUCUGGUGAUUGUGUUGAGAAUUAUCAAAUUUGUGCUGUGUUGUGAAUUUAUAUCAAGAAAAGCAAAGAAUGACUAA